CCUGUAAUUUGAAUGCACAUGGUUUUUUGUGACUCGCUGAAUAUUUGUGAAUAUUUGUUUCUUCUCUUUUUCCAACAUUACAAGGCGCCGUAGUCUUUUAAACUGUGUUUAUUUAUUUAAUUUUUUUUAUGUAUUAAGUUCAUUUGUCAUCAUGGAUGUUGUGGAUUCAGCAAAUGGUGAUUCACUGACUAAUGGAAAUACUUCAUAUGUAAAACUCGUAUCAAAGCAAAAUAUAACCAAAGAGUAUAUUCUACAUUUAGCUGUAAAUAAUCAAGCCCAACCUCAGCUUGCUGUUGCUUUAUCAACAAAUGAAAUUUUAUACUUUGAUGUUAUGACUCAAGCAAAAUCAACAACUUACAAAGGUCAUGAAAAAUCUGUGACUGGAAUAAAAUUUAGCCAAGAAACUCCUAGUACAUUUUACUCAAGCUCAGUUGAUGGAAGUGUGCUUGUUUGGGAUUCGAGGAGUGGAGCAAGUCCUGUACAAACAUUUUCAGACGAUAGUGAUGGUCCUGCAAAACCUCUUACUUGUUUUGAUUUAAACUCAGAUGAGGCAUAUGUCUGUGCUGGUACAGAACUCAUUCGGCAGGACUCUUUUCUGUUAUUUUGGGAUAGGAGAACAGGAAUGAAUGUUGGAGGCUAUUGGAAUUCCCAUACUGAUGAAAUUUCUCAUGUACAAUUUCAUUCAAGUUGCAAUUAUGGAUUAGCCAGUUCAUCAGUGGAUGGUCUUAUCAACAUAUAUGAUUUAACUCAGAAUAAUGAGGAUGAGGCAUUGACAAAUACUCUUAACACUGAAACAUCUGUGAAUAAGUUUACAUGGGGACCUGAUGAUCAUAUUUCAUGUAUUACUGGUACAGAAGAAUACCAAUUUUGGUCAGCUGCACAAACUAGUCCUACUUUAUCUAUGACAAGAGAUGAUUUGACAGAUCUCUCUGAGUGUAAAAUCGAUUAUUUGGUUGAUACUUUCCUGGCUAAUCAGUCAUUUUAUCUUGUUAGUGGAACAAACGAUGGCUCUCUUCAUUUGUACCGUCAAAAGAAAAAACACUUAAAACCAGCUAAUGUUCUUAAUAAUGGUCAUACGGAUAUUGUAAGAGCUAUUAUUCCUAUUAAGGGAAAUUGUCUAGUUACAGGUGGAGAAGAUGGUCAACUAUGUACAUGGAGAAUAUCUUUAUAGCAGUAGCGAUCACCUUCCAUUUUUGUACAAAGUUAAUAAAAUUUUUAAUUUA